ACCCUCUUUGCUUACUUCCUUGUAAGCACUUCUUCGUUUAUCCUCAUUCUUCUGACCCUAUCCAUCCUUCACAGCCGGUUCUCUUCUUAAAACAGUACUGUCAUGAAGAUCCGAUAUGCCAUGCGUCCCACGCGCUUUGUGCCUCUCAUCCUGACCGCAACAGUUGCCGUCCUGUUGCAGACUCAGGCCCAGUCUUCGGACAAUGGCUGGCUCAAUCUGACAGUCAUCCACACCAACGACGUCCACUCCCGGUUGGAUCCAGCCAAUGCUCUUGGUGUGGCCUGCUCUGCAGAUGACAUUGCCCAGGGUAACUGCUACGGUGGUGCUGCAAGACACAAGACCCUGAUCCAGCAGCUCCGUCAGGGCAAGCAGCACUCGCUGCUCCUGGACGGUGGUGAUGAGUUCCAGGGAACGCUCUUCUAUACGUACUACAAGGGAAACGUUACCGCAGAAGUGAUGAAUGACAUUGGAUACGAUCUGACGACAGUCGGUAACCACGAGUGGGACGAUGGCCCAAGCAUCGCAGCACGCUUCUGGGCCAAUCUGAAGAUGCCUGUUGUUUGCGCCAACAUUGACUUUUCAAAGAAUCCAGAACUUGCCAAGCUGGUCAAACCCUACCAUAUUUUUGAGGACUUGGGUGUUGCCAUCAUUGGAUACAUCACUCCAACGACGGCAGACAUCUCCAGCCCCGGCCCGACUGUCUCUUUCACAAAUCCCAUUGUCGCUGUUCAAAAGUACAUUGAUGAGUUACAGACCAAUGGCAUCAAGCGUAUACUGGCCCUGUCCCAUAAUGGAUAUGCCCCCGACAUGGAGCUGGCUGCAAAGACUCGUGGUCUCGAUUUGAUUGUCGGUGGCCACUCUCAUUCGUACCUGGGUGAUCCCAAGAACCCACUUUACCAAGGACCAUACCCCACCGUCAUCAAGAAUUUGGACGGCGACAAUACUUUGGUUGUUCAGGCGUACUGCUGGGGUCAGUUUAUUGGAAACUUGGAUGUGUCUUUUAACGCUGAGGGCAAGAUUGUUGCCUGGAACGGAGCUCCUGUGCAGGUCGAGAACACUGUUGCUGCUGAUCCUGCACUGGCCAAGAAGGUAGAUGGUUGGCGCAACGAGUUCGAGGCCUGGGCCCAGACUGUACUCGGCCAUGCCUCAGACUCGUUUGAUCUGGUGGGCUGCAGGUCCCGCGACUGUUUGAUGGGUAACUUUGUGGCGGACGCGAUGCUCAACUACGUCCGGAACAAGGUCACUAAACCUGGCCGCGACAACAAGCAUGGAAAGCCAUCCAUCCAACCCUGGGCUGAUAUUACGAUCGUUAACUCGGGCGGUAUCCGCGCUGGCCUUCCCAAGGGCAAUGUCACUGUUGAACAGAUCAUCACGGUCGCGCCCUUUGGAAGCAAUGUUCUGCAGAUCCCGAUGGAGGGUCAGGAGUUACUCGAUAGUUUGGACGCUGUGAUUGCGGGGCGCCGCAACGAUACCGGCAAGGUUGUUACUUCGUUCAUCCAGGUGAGCGGCCUCCGCUUCGGGUACGACUCGACCAUGCGUAAUUCGACCGGCAAGCAUGUGUUGAAAGUCGAGAUCAGGGAUCGCAACAAGAAAUGGCGCAAGAUUUCGCCCCAUAAAACGUAUUCAGUGGUGACGACGGACUUUCUGCUGAAGGGCGGCGAUAAUAUCUUUUUGAGCCUGAACCGGACAGGAACGAUCCAGCACGAGAAGCAGGACCAGGUGUUGGUGGAGAUGGUGAAGAAGGUCAAGGUGAUCAGACCGUUCUUGGAUGGGCGGAUCCGCGAUGUGGCCUCGACGACGGCGGUGAAGCGAGCGGAGGAGGAGGCUAGGUAUGCGACAGAGUGGCCGGCGGGGAUGCCUGAGCACAUGAAGCGGAUGUAUCCGCUGGGCACCCGACAGUUGCGCGAGUAGUACGGCGCAUUGGGUGGGGUAGACAGCUGGGGAGUGGGUGCGGUUUCUAGCUUGCUGUAGUAUGCAUCCUACCCGUGGUUGGCUGUGUUUUGGAAAUGGC